AUGUCUGAGCUAAGGCAAAAGUAUUAUGUUGGCAUCACCAAAGGUAAUGCAUGGAGAGCUAAGACAAUGGUUGAUGAAGUGGUUGAAGGGGAUGCUGUAAAACAAUAUUCUUUGUUAUGGAGCUAUGCUGAAGAGUUAAAAAGGCAAUGUGGGGGAACAGUACCAAGAUCAUCAUGGAAAGGACUAUUCCAUGUCUUUCACCAUGAUUUGAGAGAUUCUAUUUCUGUUUUGAUGGAUGCAAAAUGGGCUUCAUUAAAGGUUGCAGACCUUUCAUAG